AUUUGGACCUUUUGCGGGAGGGAAUCUGCCCGUUCUCUAACGCGUCUGUUUGCAGUGUCCCGUCUUCAGCCACGAGGUGGCGGUAAUACACCUGGUUGAUGGAGGUCCGCCGCCAACAGAAGAAGAAGAAGAAGAACCAGAAGAAGAAGUUGAAGAAGAAAGAAAAAGUAGAGUCGUUGUGUUCACAUCGAUCAAACGGAGUUGUUAAACUUUAACGAGGAUUUUUCAUGUUUGUUUUCAUCUGGUUCGAGUUUCCCGCCGGUGGAGAGGUACCGGAGAGCAAGCGGAGGAAGGCGCGGAUUUAACGGACAUGAGUUCUCUUCUCAACAUGGAGACAACAGGAGAUCCAGGAAACGGCCUCAGUCAGCAGUGCUGCAGCUGUGUCUCCUCCUCGUCCAGAUGUUGGUGUGUGGACUGUAGAGAAGCUCUGUGUGACGACUGUGUGGUGGCUCAUCGCAGAGUCACUGUGACCAGAUCCCAUCGGAUCCUGAACCAGAAGCCAGAUCAGUCCACUACAGACCAGUCCACUACAGACCAGUCCACCACAGACCAGUCCACCACAGGUCAGUCCACCACAGGAGAGAUCUCGGCUCCUCCCACCAAGUUCUGCAGACAUCACCCAUCUGAGCCGCUCAAACUCUACUGUUUCACCUGUUACCAGUACACCUGUAGAGACUGUCAGCUGAUGGCUCACAUGAACCACAGGUAUCAGUUUGUCACUGAAGCACUGGUCAAUAUGAAGAAGCAGCUGGAGGCCUGGGUUCAGCCAAUCAGAGCGCAGAGAGAAACAGUGAGGCGCAGCCUGCAGGACAUGGAGACUAGGCUGCGGGACAUCGCCCGGGGGGAGAGUCAGCUGAAGACGGAGCUGCAGAGUUCUUAUAAGAUCUGUUCUGAGAUCCUGCAGAAGAGGAUGAGAGACAUCCUGGAGGAGGUCAAGAAGGCGUCUCAGUCAGAGUGUGUGUGGAUCCAAAGGAGGAUGGAGAAGCUGAAGAAGCUGCAGGAGAAGCAGCUCUUACUGACUAAAACCACAGACAAGGCCAGAAACAUCCAGGAGCUGUCCGCUCUGUUCACCUGGUCGGCACAUAUCAAGUGUCAGCUGAAGGAUGUUCGAGACCAGGACCCGUCUCCCCCUCAAACCAUGUCCCAGCUGCAGGUCCUCGUUGACGGGAAGACUAUGGGAAACCUUUUAAACUUUGGUGAACUUAAAGUUACAUGGAUCCCUUUCUCUGUCUCACAAACCUCCAAUCAGAACACUCCAGACACCUCCAGCCCCUACCCUGCUGUCACCCCUCCCACCUCCACCUCUCUGGCACCUUCCUGCAAGACUCUUCCCCAGACUAGGACCACUAAUGACACUGCCUCACUUGUUCCAGUACAGCAUCCCCCUUCGUCUUUGUCAUCCUUGUCCUUGCCCCCCCCUCCCAAAACCAGGACCUCUACGUCCAAUCAGUCGUGUCUGCCUCCCUCCUCCUGCCCAAACCUCAACCAACCAACUCAACCUGUUCAGUCUCAGUCCUCCUCGACUCUGACGUUGGUGUCUCAGCAGCUGCCUAUCAGGUCAGGUUUGUCCCUGUCCAAAGCUCUGUCUCCAUCCUGUACUGUUCAACUCGUCCAACCGGCUGUAGUUCUGAACCAGCCCACCCUCGUUCCCCUGAUCACAGCUCAAACUCAGACUGUGUACCAGGUGUCCGGCAGCUCCGUCGCCCUCUACCCAGUCAUGCCUCAGUUGCCUCAGUUGCUGCUCUGUCAGACUGUGUCUUGCCCUCCGGUCUCAGGAAGUUGUCAAAAUCUUCCUGCAGCCUCCGCAGAAAACUCAAUCUCUGUUGGACAGAGCCACACAGCGGCGCCAAACCACUGUACUCUGACAGAUGAAAGUUCUGCUGCGCACACUCGACUUCUUGCCUCCCAGCGUCUAAUCUGUGAUAGUGCACCUCAUCCGUCCUCUCUGAAACACCAGCCGCAGAGUACAGUGGUGAUGGCGGAGGCGGACUCUGCCUGUGAUCACAAAGUGCCAGAGGAGGCAGCGAAGCCGCAAGAACCCGCAGAGAACAGACCGACCUCCACAGUUACUGAAGGAACCAAACCUUCAGGUAAACCGUCUCUACCUAAAACAGAAGACAGAGAUACCGAAGGACCGAGCGUUGGUGGUCUCAGUCCCUCCACAGAGAACAAGCCAACCUUCAUGGUGUCUGAAGGAACCAAACCUUCAGGGAAACCGUCUCUACCUAAAACAGAAGACAGUGAUACCGAAGGACCGAGCGUUGGUGGUCUCAGUCCCUCCACAGAGAACAAACCAACCUUCAUGGUGUCUGAAGGAACCAAACCUUCAGGGAAGCCGUCUCUACCUAAAACAGAAGAGAGGGAUACUGAAGAACUGAGCUCUGUGAUUGGACAGCAGAACUUCAAUCUGAGGCGACGUCAAUCCAAAGUGUCUCUGUUCAGAUUGCAGUUGUCCCAGCCCCGACCUGGAUGUCCCCGACCUGGUGUCAGUCUCCCUGUAGAGAACAUACCGACCGUCUCGGUGUCUGAGGAACCCAAACCUUCAGGUAAACCUUCUCCACCUCAAACAGAAGACGGAGAUACUGAAGGGCCGAGCUCUGUGAUUGGACAGAAGGACUUCAGUCUGAGCCAAUAUCAGCCUAGAGUGUCUCUGUUGAGACUACCUUUGUCCCUGCCCCGACCUGGACGUCCCCUCCCUGGUUUCAUUCUGAUCCCUGGAGACACUGAAGAUGAGGUUUAUGUGGAAGAGGUUGGUGAAGACUCUCAGUCCUACGUUGAUGAUGUCUCCGAUGACUUAUGGGAUUCCACGGACCCUCUGUCGUCUCCAUCGUCUCCUGUGACCCUGCAGAUACUUUCCUGCUCUGCUUGUGGAUCUGCUCACGCUUCAAUAAUCUGUUUGUCCUGCAGCCGAGGAUACCACAGAGACUGUCACCUUCCCCCUGUUGGACCUGACAUUUGGUCAGAGUGGAUCUGUUCGUUGUGUCAGGACCUGUCCGACCCCUCGGACCCCUACAGCUCUGAAAGGCCACAGAGUCCACAGAGUCCCUGCCUCAGUCUGCUGGACCAGAGGAGGUGUGAGAGUCUGCUGCUGCAGCUGAAGGUUGAAGGCUGCACUCCACUGUCUGAGGUCGGUGAUGUUUGGUCUCGUCUGACGUUGAUCUCGGAGCGUCUGACUCUCCGUCGCUCUCCUCAUUAUCGAACAGCUGCAGAGUUUCUGUCGGACAUCUGGCGUCUGUUCAAGGCGACAUCGUCCUCUCAGGACGACCUCGUCCUGAACAAACUGCAGGAGACGUUUCACCUCAGGUUGAAGGAGACGUUCAGUUCAGAGCUUCAUCAUCCACCUGUGACACCACCCAGCUCAGAGAGGGGGGAGAGGUCUGCAGACCUCCACCAGGACCCCCCAGACACAGACACCAACCAGUCCAGACUGAAGGACACCAGGAAGAGGCUCAGAGACUUCCUGACUCUGAUGGGACCCUCAGGAGCCAAGAGGACGAAGACGGACAAGACGGAGGAGUGAGUUUAAUGGGAUUGAGCUGAGCGGGCGACCAGGAAACCCCGAGGUGGAUUCUGUGUUGUACAAACUGACCUGGACUCGUGGAUCAUGACUGAGGGAUGAAGAAGUUUUGAUUCGUUCAUCCAAAGUUUUUCUGUCACUGUCUCUGGCAGUUAUUACUGUGAGACCAGAGGUCAUGUGACUAAGACCAUUCUGAUCCUGGUUCAGACUUCCUGGUCUAAACUGGUCGAAACCCACAAACCACGAGGCGGGAAAUCUGUCAGGUGACGUCAGCAGCUUCUCUCGUUAAAUCGCAGCUCGUUAAUCACAGCAGGUUCAUCUGAUCAAUAUUAUUUCACUGAGUCCAGAUGUUCAGAACUGAGACUGUGAGGAGAUUGAUCUUUGAUCUGUGGCUGACUGAUCGAUCAAUAAAUAAAGAGUUUGACAACAGCUAGAAACAGUUCACUCCUUUGCACAAACACACACUGUGACAGUGAGGUCACAUGAUCCUGAACGUCACAUCAGGGCUGAUCCAGAUGUUCCAGUGGUGAAGUGGAACCAGUUGAUUAAGUAUUUCUUCUUCGACCUCACGACACGUCAGAGGAAAACAUCCUCGACUGAAACUUUAAUAAUCACUAAUCACUAAUGAUCAAUGAAACGACACGACAGGAAGCAGAACUGCUCUGAUCUGUGGACGCCAAAAUAAAACGUGCACAUCUGUUUGUUCACAAACACAUGAGGCUUUACUUGAAUUGUAUUGUUGAUUUUUUUUCUCUGAUCAUAAACUUUGUGUUAAAUCUUUAAGAAGUUUCGUUCAUCCCCCAAAACGGAGACGACUGGCCGCCGUAUAUCUCCAGUCGUUCUGUAGAGUCUUUUCCUGUGGUCUUCCUCCUGUUUCCUUCUUUUAAACGUUUUUCUUUUCGUCUUAUUCCAUAUUUUAUAUCUUUUUUUGAACAUAUUUGAUGCUUCAGUCAAUGGUGGGAUUGACUGUUUACUGUCGCUGCAAUUUUUUCCCAAAUCAGGUUUUUCUUCUUAUUGUUUCACUGUUCGCUGAAUUUCCAAAGUAAAACUUCCUGUAACUUUUA